AGACCGAGAUGGUCCUACACACCAGAGAGGCUGAAGGGCCGACACGGCUUCUCCCUCAAUCCGAUCAGGGACCCGCGCAGAGCGAUAUGGCACGUGAACAAUGACCCGGCCAAGCUGGACGACUUCUACGAGCGCUUUCUGGGAAGGAACGGGUCCAAGAUGCUCCCGGAGGAGCUGAGGUGGUUGGCCAUCACACAUAAGAGCUUUGACUACGGUCGGAGAGGAUUUAACACGAGAUUGGCAUUCUUUGGUAAGGCCUACCUACCUUUUGCGCGUAAAUACCUUGAUGACCCCUGGAGACGGGACCAUUUCGAGUCACCUGCCCUGCGGAACGUCGACAAGCUCAGUGUGAACAGGCCGACGGAUUUCAUGUCUGUGGAUGAACUGGCAAGAGUGGGCAUCAAGACCCAGCUGGACAAGGUUAUGCGGUGGAAACCUAGAAUUCCUGAGAAUCUGAAAUCAUCCGGUAUCGACGUCGUCCUUGCAACGACACUGUUUGCCAUCGUCGGGGCCGUCUCGCUGCAGCAUGGUGGUGACGUUGCAAGCAGGAUUGCUCGCGAGAAGAUCCUAGCA